UGAGAUGAGAAAGGUUUGAAAAGGAAAAGCCUCUCUACAUAUAAGGGUACGACGGUGUACAUUUGAUUUUUGUAAGACCAUGUGAUGGCGGGAGUUUCAUGCACUCGUCUAGCUAUUUUUUUAUUUAUUUAAUUGAUGUUAUAGUCUUAAAAUGAGCAGAGUGAUAGAAUAAGACUUGUAUAACCAAUCUUUUGUUGACUUGGGUGGAGUUGGAGAUGGUACAAGAAGGGAAAGCUGGUGUCACUGUAGUCAGUUCACAAUCUAUUAUUGUAUCUAUUAUUGUUUAAUUUUGAUGUCGGGCACUUGAAUUUGUGUUUGAUUACAAAUCUACAAAAGCAUCUAGCUUAAUGGUAAUCUUUUCAUUCUCAAAGAGGAGGGAAGGGGUUCUAUGAUGACCUAUAUGGGUGGAUGUGAUGUGGAUGGGUGUGAAUAGGCACUGGGUAAGUUACCACACUGGGUGAGUUAUAUGUUGCACAAUCUCACAUCAUCUGAGUAAGAGGAAAAUGAAGUGUGUAUAUGUGGUGGUGUUAUCUAUAAAUGAUACGAGGUCUUUUGGAGUAAAACUCAAGAAUAAAAUCGUGCGGGUUCGGAUUUAAAACAGACAAUAUCAUAUCAUGCGGUGAAAUGGACACGUUGAAACUGCACAUUAAAACAGACAAUAUCUUACUAUGUGCUUUAUUAAUUCUGAAUUUGUUUAAAAGAUUUAUGUGAACAUUAACUAGAAAAAUCAAUACUGAGUAUAAAAUUUACCACCUAUAUAUGUCAUUAUUUCGAAAAUACUUUAUAAAUUCUGAAUUUGUUUAAAAGAUUUAUGUGAACGUUAACUAGAAAAAUCAAUACUGAGUAUAAAAUUUACCACCUAUAUAUGUCAUUAUUUCAAAAAGAAAAAGAACAGGACAUCCUCUUAUUAUCUCAAAAUCUCUGCAUUGUCAAAACUCUUACAUAUUUAAAACUUUUUGGGCACCUUGAAACGUGGUAGUCGCUGUUUUUGACCAAGGAAGAUGUCAUUGUGAAAACCUCAAAGAGCACAAGUCAACUUUGCAUUUGUAUUUAGUGACAUCACUAUAUCAAAAAAGAAAAAAAGGGAAAAGAAAUAAAAAGUUAUGUUAGAUUUGUCUCCCUUAUCUUUGAAUUUGAUCUCAAUAUAAUGUCUACAUCUAUUCAGCGCUAGACCAUAAAAUUAAGUGGAAUAUUCCUUGGUUACUAUUCCAAAAGGUGUUUCUAGGAAGCUUGAAAAACACAAAUGUUGAAUGCUGAAUAAUGCAAGCUACUCCACCAUGGAUUCAUUCUCCUUGUUUGGUGGCUUCUUGAAUAGUUAAUGGCGGCAUUAGAAACUCAAUGCUGAUACACACACACACACACACACACACACACGCACGCACACAGUGUAUAAAAUGAAAUGCUGAUGGAUUGGAGAAAAUGAUUUUUUGGCCAAGACCUGGUUAUUGGACUUGCCAUGGUACAUUCUUAAUGACUCUUCUUCUAAUCCAUCUUCUUAUAUUUUACUGUUGUUGUGCUAUAGAAUUUUGCAGUGCCAUAGAAAAAAUUACAUCAAUUCAGCCCAUCAAUGACCCUGAAACUAUAGUCUCCAAUGGUGACACCUUCAAACUAGGAUUUUUUAGCCCGGUUAAUUCAACUAACCGGUACGUUGGUAUCUGGUAUAACGACCUCUCUGCUGCUGCUGUGGUCUGGGUAGCAAAUAGAGAUAAACCUCUUAAUGAUUCUUCCGGGACUGUGACUAUAUCCGAAGAUGGCAACCUCGUAGUCAUGGAUGGACAGAAACAGAUUGUUGGGUCAUUAAAUGUGCCACAUUCUUCAGCAAAUUCAAGUGCCCAGCUUUUGGAUUCCGGGAACCUUGUAUUGCGAGAUAGUUUUGGUCAAAGCAGCAUAAUAUGGGAGAGUUUCGAAGACCCUUCUGAUUCAAUCUUGCAGAAGAUGAAAAUUAGUACCAAUAAAUAUACUGGUGAGAGGACUCUGCUCACCUCGUGGAAAACGUCUUCUGAUCCAUCUACCGGGAGUUUCACUUAUGGAAUGAAUCCCUUAGAUAUUCCGGAACUAUAUGUAUGGAAUGGUAGUCAUACGUACUGGUGUAGUGGUCCAUGGAAUGGACAGAUUUUUAUCUGAGUACCAAACAUGGUUGCAUUUAACACACUUGAUGUUAUAGAUGAUAAAGAAGGAACUGUGUAUAUAACUUACAUGUCGUCUACGAAUCCAUUUGAGUUGUACUAUUUCUUGAAUUCUGAUGGAAUUAUUGUGCGGAAGUACUUUGAUGUUAGAAAGGAGAAUUGGGAAGGUAUGUUGUUGGCUCCACCAAACGAAUGUGAAAUUUAUGGUAAAUGUGGUCCCUUCGGAAGCUGCAGUAUGUAGGAUUCGCCAACGUGCACCUGUUUACAAGGGUUUGGUCUGAAGGAUUCCGAGGAAUGGAGUAGAGAAAAUUGGACCAGUGGAUGCGUAAAGACGAGACAUUUGCAGCGUGAGAGAAAUGAAACUAGUGGUGAAAAAGGCAAAGAAGAUGGGUUUUUGAAGCUGAAGACAGUGAAAGUGCCGGUCUUUGCUGAGUUGUCAUCAGCAUUGGAGGAUAGCUGCAGAAAUGAGUGCUUGAAUAAUUGCUCCUGUAUAGCUUAUGCCUAUUAUAGUGGCAUUGGUUGUAUGCAAUGGAGUGGAAACUUGAUCGAUGUACAGAAAUUCUCCUGUGGUGGGGCUGAUCUUUAUAUUCGUGUGGCAUAUUCGAAGAUUGAUAAAAAGAGAAACAUCAAAGUAACUAAUCACAAUUGCAGUGAUCAUCGGGUCAGUGGCAAUUUCAAUGAUCUGCAUCUAUUUUUCUUUGGAGGUGGAUGGCUAAAUCACUAGGAAGGAAGACGAAAAGUGAGAAGUCAUUAUUUGGAAGACAGGAAGUGAAUGCAGAUUCAACUGAAAGCACGUUUGGAGGUAAUCUAGGCCAAGUUAAACUUGAAGACCUACCUCUUUUCAGUUUUGAGGAAUUGGCAAUAGCAACAGAUGACUUUCAUGAGGCCAAUAAGCUCGGGCAGGGUGGUUUUGGUUUUGUGUCCAAGGGAAAAUUGCCGAGUGGACAAGAGAUAGCUGUCAAAAGGCUCUCAAAAUUCUCUGGACAAGGCAUGGAGGAGUUUAUGAAUGAGGUUGUGAUUUCUCAGCUGCAGCAUCAUAAUCUUGUUAGACUUCUUGGCUGCUGUGCAAAAGGAGAAGAAAAGAUGCUGCUCUAUGAAUACAUGCCAAAUAAAAGCUUGGAUGUGUUUCUCUUUGAUCCAAUCAAGCAAAAACUCCUAGAUCGGAGAAAACGUGCCAACAUUAUUGAAGGGAUUGGUCGAGGCCUACUUUACCUUCAAAGGGAUAGAUUAAGGAUUAUUCAUAGAGAUCUAAAGACGAGCAAUGUUCUCUUGGAUCAAAAUCUAAAUCCAAAAAUUUCAGAUUUCGGCAUGGCAAAGAUUUUCGGAGGCAACCAAGACCAAGCCAACACUAGAAGGGUAGUUGGACCAUACGGCUAUAUGGCCCCUGAAUAUGCAAUACAAGGGAGAUUCUCGGAAAAAUCUGAUGUCUUUAGCUUUAGAGUAUUAUUGUUAGAGAUUUUAAGUGGGAGGAAGAACACUAGUUUUAAUCAUGAUGACCAUUAUUUAAGCCUUCUAGGAUUGGCAUGGAAGUUGUGGAAUGAAGAUAUGAUUGUAAUGCUGACAGAUUCGGCAAUUUCUGAUCCACGCUUUCAAGUGGAGAUCUCGAGAUACAUACAUGUAGGACUGUUGUGUGUGGAAGAAUUCGCCACUAAUCGGCCAACUAUUUCUACUGUUCUUUCGAUGCUUAGUAGUGAGAUUGUGGAUCUUCCAACUCCGAAGUAACCUGCUUUUACUGAAACACAAGGUCUCUCAAAUAUACCGUCUUCUCAACAGAGCCAAAGGACAUGUUCUGUGAACAAUGUAACUGUUACAACCAUUGAUGGUCGUUAGCAAGCAAAUUCUUCUGAUUUUCAAGUACACUGUAAUUGAAUAUACGAUAUAUAGUUUUGUUUUACACAAUGUAUUUAUCUAACUCUAUUCAAAAGUCGGUUUUUGCCUUUAUCCUUCCACAUUAUA